CCCCCAUUAAUUUCUGCUGAGAGACAGUUUAAAGCUGUUGAACAGCACUGUGACCUGAUGUGCUCAAGCCUGCAAACUUGAAGACAUCUAUUUACUGCUUGGAUUUCACAAGCUGGGGAAGUGACCAAGUGGGAAAAGCAGCUUUCUAUCUCAGUCUAAUGAAAUUGAGAUACAGUUGUCUCUAAUGAUAUGAGACGUAUGCUAAUCCUUGUACUGUUAAUUUAACGAUUUCUACUCGGCCCCAAUUGUUGGUUUAUUACCGUAAAAGUCUCUUUAGCUAAAUGCUGAAAUUGUCUGUGACUUAAUUAUGUUUGUUUAAAAAUAACUCUAAAAACACUUCAUUUAGGAGGUUAAAUUAUAGUUGAUAAUCCAACACAUCUGGACAAGUAUUUCCUAACUUUAAUUGAAGUUUUGUAUUCCUAAAUGAAAAGACUUACUGAGAGUAUAUUAGUACCAAUAGUAUAUAUGAAGGGACACCAUCUACAUCUUUUGCUCUUAUUUUUAAUAUAUUUUGGCCACUUUAGGGUUCGUUGUAGUGAUUAGAAGUUGAGGUAAAAAGUCAGUUGUUUGCAUGAAGGUCCCUUGUGUGUCUCUGCUUAAGUGUGUGUUUGCUUGCCGCAUAUUGUGGUGUCAUGGGCUGCUUGGUGAUAAGAGUAACAAGUUGCCUUCAUAACACCUUCCCUCAACUGUCCCAGGUGUGAACUUUUUGAUGAUGGCAGCUCACAGCUGAGUUGGGUUUUCUGUUUUUACAAUUGGCAGCUUGAUAUCAGUGCUUUGUGAAGAGCAGUUUUUCUUUAAUUGGGGAUGAGUGUGUUAAGUUUUCUAUAAACCAACCCGUCCUCAGGCACCUCUGAGUAAGGCUGGGAGGCCUAUGUUGUUGUAUGCAGAUGUACUUAGGAGCUGUGGGACUGCACUGUUUGAAGGGCUUGUAUGGUGUUGGAUCACAGUCCUGGUUUGCAGAUCUUUAAUGUUGUAGGAUUGUUCUGCAUGCUGUCCUUUGGAAGAAGAACCUCACAAAGGUACUGGUGUGCUGUUCCAAGGAUAAUGCCUUCAUAAAGCUGGAACUGAGGAGCAAACUGGAGAUCUGUUCUACAACAGACUUGGGCUUGUGGCUUUGUAAAGCAGAUAAUCCUAAAUAUAACAAGUCCAAAACAGAUGUGCCAAAAAGAGAAGCGAGGGCCUUCAGGCUUUGCAGGGGGUGUUCCCAUGUAACUCACCUCUGGAACCUGUGUCAGUAGGGUGGGCUGUACAUACACUGAUAGUGCUCACUGUUGGCAAGGUUCAUCUGGAGUUUCUAGUGUUAACUUUUUCAAAUUAAUACUUUUUUUUUUCUUUUUGUAAAAUGGGAGGAUUAGCAGAUGUUACAUUGGUGUGAAGGGUUGUGGGAUUGCAUGACUGUUGGAUAUUGUGGGUUACAUUGUCAAGAAGUGCAUCACUUUGAGCUUUGGACAUCUAUUAAAUGGGAUGGAGUGAGAACAAGAAGCGGGUCACCAGUUUUCCCUGCUAACAGGACAACUUCUUGCCAUCAGGUAUUGGGUUGUUGUUGCUCAUCUUUUUGCUCGUGGCUCUUGGACAAUGUCAGAAGAAAAAAAAAAACAACAAUAAAAAUAACCCCCCACAACUUAAAACUGUAUAAAAAUUCAGAACGUGUUAAAGUACUCCAUGAAAAAGCUUGUCAGUUGAACAAAACACAAACUGGCAGUGCUUUUUUAACUAAAGCAUUGCUUCUAACAAAGCUCUAACGUAGCACCCUCAGGUUGUGAACCCUAACGUGACUCCUGCACUGCUUUGAAUGCUGUCUUUGGCUCGAAGUAGCGACUGUUUUGAGAUGCAAAUGGACUCUUUGGGAUUUCAGCUAUCAACCGGCUAUCAAUCCCAGUUAAAAGGUUAAGUCUGCCCUUAAGAAUCUGAAUUUCUGCUUGGGUGGCAAUGCUGCUUACAUUACAGAAGAAAUCUUGCAUGUUGGUAAGGAGGACAUGGUCAAACCAACUGCCACACAUGGUCAUUACAAGUCACAGGUAAACAGCAAGAAACAAAGAAUGGACACUCAAUUAAUUUCCCCAUUAUUAGGAGCAAUUCCCAACCCCUCACCUCCGUUAGAAUCUUCCUGUCUGCACAGUGAUUGCUCAGCACAUGGGGAAGUUGUUGGCACCAAAACUCCUUUCCAAGACUGCACCAAAAAACGGGCACAGAUAAAUCUUUCUUAUUCUGGCAAUGGCCCUGAUAUGUUUGGCCUGGUGUCGAGCAUCCUAGAGGAGCCAAACAAGGCAGAACCAGCUACAGAUUGGAAUUCACUUUCAAGAUUGUUUCCACCAUUGUGGGCUUCUGAUUUAGGAAACAACGGUGAAUUCUCAGGGCUUUCAUCUGAGCACUCUGUAGGCAGCGAGGAUUUGAUGUGCACACAGAACUGCUACCGAGAGCAGCUGCUCCAGUCGCACGAUGUGGAGCUGCUGCACAGAGGUUUAGAAGAUCUUUAUCUGAUCCAGUCUUGGCUUUCUCCAUCUGACCCCUGCAGUCAGCCUGACAAUGCUCUGAAAAACGGUUACCUUGCAAAUUCCUCUUUGGAAAACAAUAAUUCCAUUUUCCAAGAAAGCUGUGCGUUUCAAAGUGCGGAUUAUAAUCAGCGUUGGAGCAGAUAUGAGCAGCUGAGCUUAAAUGAAGACUUUGAAAAAAAUGGUUCCAGUUUUAGCACCUCUUCUCAAAACAGAAUGAAAGAUAGCUCUAUCAUUCAGAAAGGGUGUUGGAGAACUGAAAGAGCAAGAGGCAACGUGAUGAAAAAUGGUGUGUAUGAACAAAUUAAACGUUCUCCUGAUCUUUCUAAUCGGUCUAUUGGUGAUUCUUGGGAUGAAGUCCUCCAGAACAGUCACUUCUUUUCUAAAAGUUGUGAAAACUUUACAGCUGCUCAGAAAUCCCAGUCAUCUGUUCAUCCAUCGCUGUAUUUUUUCAGUCAACCAACGAAGGAAAGUUUUUCUAGAGUGACAAACAGAAAACCACAGGAAACCCAUGUGCAAAAUGGUCAUCAGAGCUUUACUUUAGGGGAUGUUUUUAAUAAUAAUAAUGAAUGUGAGAACCACGUUAGUACUGAAGAAUACACUCAUAAAAUUUCUGAGUUUGAUUUGUCAGUAAAAAAUGGGAAUUACUUGUUGUACCAUGGACAUACAUGGGUGGAUGGGAAAUCUGCAAGUCCAACAGCUGCAUCAGAUGUUGUGUUUGGAAAGCAGGUGGUAACAAGCAUGCAGUCAUCACCCGGACCUUCAACCACAUCUGGGGGCUCCUCCCCACAUCAUCCUAUGGCAUAUCCCUCUUACUACUCACAGACCUCACCAGUCCUCCCACUGGGAAAAGAUGGAAGUUUACAAACAUCAAAUAGUAUUUCUAACAAUUUGGGAGUUUCUAAUUUUAUCUCAGACAUUCAGAAGCAAAUGAGCCCCUUUGGACACUCGCAGCAUGAUUCUUUGACUAGUAAAGAGGGGCAGCAAUGCAAAUUCCCUGUUAAUUUUUCAUCCAGCUGGUUAACACAGCAGAAUGUUCUAAGUGAAGACCCUGAAAUGUGCCACAGGUUUCAAAAAAAGCAAACCCAGGAAAAUGGUAAUAAACAUGAUAGAAGAAGCAGAAGGAACUGGAUUCCUCAGUUUGGAUAUGCAACCCCAAACUGCCAGCAGUACAGCAUGCUCCAAAAGAGCCACGAACAGAAUGGCAGUAUCAUGUCAGAUUUUACCAAUCCUUCUUUUCUUCCUUCCUUCCCAUUCAUGUCUGAUUUGAAGCAAACUCCCAGCUUUUUUCCAUUUAAUCACCAUCUGUUUUCAUUAGCAAAGAACCUCAGUUUUCCUCCUUCGCCUUUUCCAUUCUCAGAACUUGUUGAUCUUCUCCAUUAUGAUGAUUUUAACCACUUGAAUCCCUUCAUCAGUGAUCUCUUUUGUGGGGAAAUAACUGCCCCAUACUUUGCCUUUCCAAUGCCGUUUAACAAGUGCAGACCUCCCAGGAGCCGCAGCGGACCUUCUAAUGAGCUUCACACCCAACUGGAGGAAUGUUAUGAGCAGUGGAGGGCUUUGGAGAAAGAGAGGAAAAAGACUGAGGCUGACCUUGCAAGGAACUUUCCAGGAAGGCGUGUUUCUAGCUCCAAUAACACUCCUGUGUCUCAGCUCCCUGCCCACCCAUCACGAGUGGAUCGUUUGAUUGUAGACCAGCUCCGAGAACAGGCCAGGGUGCUCACCUUAAUAGGGAAAAUGGAAAUGCUUUGUGGUGCCCCUGUGCACAGUAAUGUAUCUGCUGCCUUGAAACAUCACAUGGAAGCCAUCCAUGUAACGCAGGCACGGCGUAAGGAUGAGGUUGUUAAUGCUGUUAAUCCACAGAGACAAGGAGCGCUGCGUUACAACAGUGAGAAAGAUGUUCUGGCUCUGGCAGCUGCCAUUAGAGAUCUUGCUGCUUCCACACGCAGGGCUCGCACUGCGUUAUGGUGUGCAUUACAGAUGGCUUUGCCAAAACCCUCCCCAAGCAGCCUGGUAAAGCAUGAAACUGAAGGGACAACACAAGAGCUUUGUACUCUAAACACAAGCACACAAGGAUCCAACAGCAUGGAGAACGACAACACAAGAAGCAGAGAAGAAAAGCCUGAGGAACCCAUGAGGAUUCUGGAAUGACAGCUAAUAGUAAUAAUAAUAAUAAUAAUAAAGGGAGGCAGGAGGCCGAGGACUGGGGGAGAAGGGUGAAGUGGCCUUGUUAUACUGACAGUGUUUUCCAUUGGUUAUCAGAAAGCAAGAAGGUUGCAACAGUUGAUCAGAGCUACAGUUCUGUUACUGUGAUUCUGCAUCCCUUACUAGUGUUAAUGCAGUGGUAAUAUUGCUGGUAUUACAAUGUCUGCUACGUUAGAAUGUUAAGAGGAACUAAACAGUAGCUGAGCGUUUCCUUGUCUGCUUAUCCAAAGCUACAUAUCAGCUGUGAUUCAAGCCAUGACCUGAGAAAUCAGUGUGGUAGAACUUCCUUCUCCUUUCUGUGUUAAUGGUAUAGUCUAGCAUACUGAAAAGAGGGGGGGGAAAAAGUCAUUUGAAAGGUAUUUCAUUCAGGUGUUGAUUUGUUUGGCACUGAAAAGAACUACGUAAUGGUGCAAAAGUGAUCAGUAUGUGGGUAGCAUCCUAUCAUGGAGCAAUCCAUGCUCCUGUGUUGUUUUUCAGUUGAGGAAUUUGGGUUAUUGCUAUGUUUGAGAAUAAUCAGCUUGUAAUGGUGGUUCUAUGAGAAGCUUCAGCAUUUGUGCUGCCAGGUUCUAGCUAAACCAAGGUAGAUUGAGCUUUCCUACGUCUUAUACCAAGUAUCAGCACGUUUUACAUCUUAAAUACAAGGAUUUUGGAGACUUGCAGUGAGUACUGUAUUGAGAUACAUGUUAACAGGAGACUGAAAAAAAAUUGUGGCUCAGGAUUGGAAAAGAGAUUUAUUGAUUUCUCACUGGGUUAUAAACCAGUAAUUACACAGCAUAGUGUGCACUUCACUGAAAAAUGCUCUGUGUUAUUAGUGUGUGUUUCAUGGUACUACAGAUCUUUGGAAACAUUCCAUAUUUAUUUUAAUGUGUUUAUUGAAUGUUUAUUUAAAAUUCUAUUUUAGUAAUAUAAAGUUGAAUCUUUUGCCAAACCUUCCAAAUAAUCGUAUUUAACAAUUUACUCAGGAAAUAUGUCUAUUCUUAUAUAAAUAUACACGUAUACAUAGGGGUUUUGGGGGGGGGGGAGGGAUGUUAGCAAGAUACUUACACAAAGUUAGCUAUAUCCUAGGUUACCAAAGCUAUUUAAUGGUUUGUGUCCUGCGUGGAAGAUUUCACAUAUUGCAUUGCUGUUACCUGGUGUCCAUUCUGUGGCUUAGACAAUCAGAAAUGCUGUGUGUUGGUGUGAAUCUUCAGGAUGAGAAUAAGAGCAGAAUGAGUAAUUCCGGUUUUCUUCUUAUGGCAUGUAAAUAUUUUAGUGCUUUAACAGCUGUCUGAAUGCAACACCAUCACUUACAUGUGACUGCUAACCAGCUGUGGCUCUCAGCUAUUGCUGUAGCAAUGAAUGGCUUUGGAGAGCAGUUCUUACUUGAAAAGUGAAUUAAGCAUAAGGGAAGUUAUUGAGAGGUAUAAAUAGAGAUGUAUCUGUGCUCCACAGUGUUCAACAUGAAGUUUUGUGGGUAAAUCCAGAAUUGUUUUUGUUUCCAUACAUAUGCGCUUGCAGAAUGUUCAAAAGCAAAAAAACAUGGGGCACUGGAGAGUAUUGCUUUGAGUGUGAGGGUUUUCUUUGUGCAGGUGCAGCAUUUUGCACAAAUUAAGAUGGUGAAAUUGGCUUUUGAGAAACUGAUUACCUGUAUUACACAGCUGGAAAAGUGGAGUCUGCAGUAUUUCAGCCCGUGGCUAAUUUUUAAUUGUGAUUGCUGUACUGACAGGAAGGCAGAGCUGGGAAAAACAACUGUGGUCCUGCAGGAGUGCACUGUAGCAUUGUGUGUAGAGAGCAUGGUCCAUCUUAUUGUACUGCUGACCAUUAGCCAUUACUCUCAAGGGACGUGUUCUUAACUGACUCCUAAUGUUGUUAAUGUGCCUUCAACAGUUUUGUUUCUGAGCACAGUAAGUAACAGUAUGCUCACCUCUGUUUUGCACUGCUGCUUAAUUACCUGUUUACAAAGAGUUGCAGUGUGGCUGCAGCUGACUACAGCUAACAGCUGGGGUGGGCUGGUAGUGCUGUGCACCAUUGCUGCAGGGAGUCACAGUGCACGGGAUGUGUAUUUGCUUUAGUUGCUGAUCAUCCCCACAUUUGCUGACUUCAAUGAGAGCAAAGCUUUGGGCUGUUAGCUCACACUUAUCCUGGAGAGGUAUCUUCAUUUCACAGUCUGUACUGAUUUCUUAUUUAUACUGUUUUCUUCUCAUUUGUGAAGCAAUAGGGUGAAAUUACUUUGCUUUGUUUCCCUAAAUAACUUUACUGGGAUUUAAUUUAUUUCUUUUCCUGGGCUAUUUUUUGAGGUUUACAUUUUUUGAAUGAAUUGUAGCAGUGAUACAGAUCUGCUCCCACAUAAGGGAGCAAGAUGCUUUGAAGUCCCCUGUCAAGUCCCAGUUAUUGCUAAGUUAGGUGUUUUUUCGUUCAGUGUCGAUCUGUCAUGUUUUAAAAUCCCAAAUUGAGAGUCCAACACAAGAUAAAACGUAAGGAUCAGUUACUUCUGGGCACUGCAGUAGCCAUUGAGUUCUUGUGAUUUGGUUCUGCUGUUUCUCAGAAGAAGGCCCUGCGUCAGAGCUGGGAUGUCACUUCUGGCAGCAGAUUUGGCAUCCCUGCUUUUCUUCAGAUUCCACAGAUAGCUCUGGAAAUUAAAUGAAUCUGGUGGGAUUUAUAUCAACUUGCACUAAGAAGUUUGCAUUACUUUGUCUCUACUUUCCCCGUAGCAACGUGCAGGGAAGCAGUCUGGGCUCGUGCUCUUUGUCUCACUGGGCUGUUUUCAGAAAUGUUUGUCAGACUGAAUUGUUCCUGAGCUCCUCUUGUUGCUUUUUCUUCCCAGACUGAAUGUUUUCCUUUGCUGCUGGUAUUCACUGCUGCCAUAAACCACCUCUCUACCUGGGUGUGCAUCUUUUGGAGCUGAUUUGCCUUACAGCACAGAAGCUGUUGCUGUAAGCUUCAUGUAGGAUGUUGGAUUUUGUUGUUGCCACGUUUGAACUGCUAUAGAGGUUAUGCAACCAACAAACCUUAAGCCUGUAUGAAUUUCUUUAAAGCUUAUUUUCUUACCUGUUCCAAGAGCUGACUUUGUUUUAUUCUAUUCAGGAGUGAUGAUGUCAAAUGCUGCACAUUGGAGCAACCCUAAACAGUGGUGUCUUGAGGAUUUUGCUCCUAGCAUCACUACUGCUCUGACGUAUUUGGUUCUACUUUAUGGCCCCACUAUUUUAUGUUAUCUCUGUAGUGUCAUUAAGGUGGAGAAAACUUCUUCAGGAUUAUUUAACUCUUAAAAACUGUACACAAUAUUGGACAAGAAUAAUGAAUAUUGCACAUUGGUGAAUGUAUGAGAGCAGUUGACCUUGGAAUGCAUAUAUUUAAUUAAUGUUAUUUUUAAAUAAGUGCACUAGGCUACUGAAGAGCUGGGUGUUGUGGCCCUGCUUCCACUAAGCCAGCAGCUUGGAAAACUGGCUAUCAAGAAACUACAGCAAAGUGUGUGCCUGAGCUUGAUUUUGUUUCUCUCUAUGCUGACAAACGUGGAAUUAAUAGGAUUGUUUUCCUCCCUCUUAAAGCUGAGGAAUGGACCCAUAGCAGGAGCUUUGGCUGAAUUAAAUGUGUGGGUUUCUGAGGAUUUUGCACCUUGUUUCUCUCCCACUUGCUUGGACAGAAAUGAGCUGUAGCCAUCAGAAGGCCUGGAUUUAUUUCUGGAGCAGUUCAUUGCCACCAGCACUCCUUGUUGUUUAAGGAAUGCAAUAUGAAAUUAGGCAUCCCUUUUGUUAUAAAUCACUUUCUAAUUAAAAAUAUAUAUAUAUAUAUAUAUAUCAGUUUCCCAAUCAAUUUCAGUUACAUAAAAUGGGAGGUCAUUAUUUUUCUUCAUUAGCAAUACUGUAAUCAGAGGUGCAAAAAAUGUGUGUUGUCUGUGCUUUUAGAGACCAGAAAUACCUGGGGUUGGAGCUACUUGAAAAAAUGUGGACAAGUGGAGCUAUAAAUCCUCUCUCCUUGUUUUCCUUUCUAAUACUCAUUUGGCAAUUAUUCACACUUGGUCUCUCAGAAGAGGGUUAGAAAGGAUGAACAAUCAACUUGCAGUCCUUGCCAGCUGGAAAUUACUGUACAUUUUUUAGUUAUAUGAAAUACAACCACUUUAAGACUCAUUUAUGCACAGUAAUAACUUACUGAGCAUAGUUUUUUCACAAAAUUAGGCUGUUUCCCAUUAUAAAUGGGAAAGGUUUCCUUUUGUUUUAUAUGACAUAUGCAAAGAUGAACAGUGUCUGUAUUUUAAUAUACUAUUUGGUGUCUGGAGCAUCUUUUACAUGUUUGUUGUUCAAACUCAUGUAUUUUAUAGCAAGUUUGACACUGCUGGUGUCGCACUGCAGGAGGACUCAGAGCUGAUCCAUUCAAUAGCAAUAUGUGAAAGUGCAAUUUUACUAUAAUUGCUUGUGAUACAACAGCCAAAGUUGAUGAGAAGGUUUGUGUUAUGUGUGUGAGAGUCUCAGAAAGGAGAGAAAGCUGUACUUAAUAAUGGCCAGUGUAAUUUAUUAGGGUAUUAUGAAUGUGAUUGAUUCCUUUUAAAUAACCAGCUGUGUUGUAUGCCUCCUUAAUAAAUAGUUAUGGCUUGUUGUUUCAUUUCCUUCAAUCUGCACUAUUUAUCAGCUGCUGUCCUUCAAGAGAGUUUAACUUGUUUUGUCAUUCUGCCUUGAAAAGAUGUUGUGUGCUCUGCUUCAACACAGUUUAAAAAAAAAAACAAAAUUAAAAUCUUCACUUUUUAUGA